AUGGAGCAUAGGGAGCUGAAAGGAUGGAAGACAGACCCCGUGUUCCAACCGUACUUCCAUGAGACCGGCGUGAUUGUCUCUGGCCACACCCCGGCUCUCAUCCAGCACAUUCGGGAAGAAGAGAUUGAUUCCUCUGAUGCUGAGUUUACUGCCUUGAAAACCGCCGACGACUUCCGCAAAACUAUGCCUCCGGGGGUCCUGACGGGAGAAUUUCCAGGAUGGAAGGGCUGGUUCGGUCGGACUGGAGCUGGCUGGAUUCAUGCACGGAAGGCAAUGAUCUCUGCAUACACAGAGGCACAGCGUCUCGGAGUAAAUUUCAUUACCGGGACGCCUGUUGGCCAAGUCGUUAGUUUAGUGUACGAUCACGGCGACGUGACCGGAGCUCAGACCGCAGAUGGGGUGGUUCACCAGGCACAGCAUACGAUCCUCGCUGCUGGGGCGGGGAGCGACCGUCUGUUGGACUUUGAGAAGCAGCUUCGCCCUACUGCUUGGACACUGAGUCACAUCCGCAUGACCCCCGAAGAAGCAGCGCUCUAUAAAAACCUUCCGGUGCUCUUCAAUAUCGCAAAAGGGUUCUUCAUGGAGCCCGAUGAGGAUAAGCAUGAGCUGAAGAUCUGUGACGAGCAUCCUGGAUACUGCAAUCUGGUGACGGACCCGAACUCGAACGGAGAGACUCGAAGCAUUCCAUUUGCUCGUCACCAGAUUCCUCUCGAGGCUGAAGCUCGAGUCAGGGAAUUCCUUCGAGAUACGAUGCCACAUCUGGCCGAUCGGCCUCUUGUUUUCGCUCGGAUCUGCUGGGACGCAGAUACACCCGACCGAGCCUUCUUAAUCGACAGACACCCCGAACACCCUUCUUUGCUAGUGGCGGUUGGAGGUUCCGGGAAUGGGGCAAUGCAAAUGCCGUCCAUUGGAGCGUUCAUCUGCGACGCGCUUGAAGGAGCUUUACCAAAGGAAUUGAAGGACGUGGUGCGAUGGCGACCGGAAACAGCGGCGCAGAGGGACUGGAGCUCGACUCAAGGCCGGUUCGGGGGGCCAGACGUGGUCAUGAACUUCCAGGAUGUCAAGGAAGAUGAGUGGACUCGGAUUGACACCCCUGGUGAUUCAUGA